GGUUAGAGGAGGGGCGGCGACCUGUCACGGGUCCUGCCCCGAACCUGGAGAGGGAAGCCCGGCCAUGGGGGCCGCCGCAGGUGGACACUGAGGUCUUCCUGGAGGAGAUGGCACCGCGGAGGGUCGGAAGCAGGUCUAGGAAGAGAGGAGCUCGUGUGAUGGGACGGUCUAGACUGAUGGCUGCAAUCCUGCCCCAUCUCCAAGACCAGGAUGUGGAAGCUGUAUUCGUGACAGCUGGGUGGAAGGAGUCGCUGUCAUUUGAGGAUGUGGCUGUGUACUUCACUAGAGAAGAGUGGGACAAACUUGACUGGGCCCAGAAGGACCUCUACAGAGACGUGAUGCUGGAGAAUUACAGGAACAUGAUCUUGCUGGGUAAUGAAUGACUUGGCUUGAAGAUUUGGCUCCGAGUGUCUACACAAGUGCUCAGCCCCUUAUUUGCAAUUCUAAAAUCAGAAAAGCUUUGCAAACUAGAAGUUUUUUCAUAACUCAUCUGGCUGUAAGACCCAACCUGAAGUGUUCAGGUGGUAAAACCUGAUCUCUUCUACUGGAA